AUGCUUGUCGGUGUGCCUGCCGAUCUACGUCCAGUUCACGCACAAUUGCCGGAAUGGGGUUCACACCUGCAGCUCUCCGCGCAGCUGAAAAGCUGUGGCUGUUUGUGGCUGAAGCAGUACCGUCUCCCAAACUUGGCCUGGUUGCCCGCUGACGUCGCGAACACUUCAGAGCAGUACAACAUGGAGCCAGGUUUCGCACGAACGCUGGCGCCCAUCAUCAAUAGCUGCGGCUCAGGAGCCUGUUUCCCCUGCAUCCACGCCGCCUCCCCGCCCUGCAAUCGCCUCUUCCAACCGUCGCAAGACUUCCAAGGCCUUCUCGGCGGCACUUUCCGUGAUGAUGGUGACACCGAGACCGGUGGAUUCGGAUCUUUGGGCGUGCAGCGCAUCCUCAACAGGUAUGGGAAUGAUGCGAAUGCCAACAGGUUCUUGGUCUGGGAGGCCUUUGUCAUCGGUGGUUCAAUUGCUUGUGUUUUGGUCGGGGCUCUCGACAGCGUGAUCCUGAAGCAGCUGUUCCUGAGUCGAGCUCGGAAGCACAAGCGCUACUCGCCCUUCCGCUCCACCACUGCCGUGGACGUCAACACCAACGGCAAGCCCGUGAAGGAGAACGAGCGGCUGGUUCGAGGCAAGACCAAGAGGGACGCGGUAACCGUCGAGUUUACGCAGGCCGAUCUCGGCGAAGGUGCAGCCCGGGCCGUCCUUGUGCACGACGACGUCUGCCUGGGGACGGAAUUCGGUCAGCAGAUCUGCACGAACCUCGACAUCAUGGCGGCAGUGAAUAUGGACGACGAGCUCUUUGAUGCCAUGCCCUACGAUGGAAUGCUUGGCCUGAGCCUGGCAGGCCUUUCAACGGGCACCGGCUGCGUCUUCUUUCAACGGCUCAUGGAGACGAACCCUUCGAUGUUGCCGCAGUUCGGGUUGUCCUUUGGGGCGCAGUCCGGUGAGAUCUACUUCGGCGGCCAUAAUUCGGGGCGCCUGGCAGAGGACCUGAAAUGGUUCCCGGUGCUGCACCCCGAGGACGGCUUCUGGGAGGUCGCGAUCCAAAGCGUCCGCCUGGGAAACGCGUACUUGUUGGGCUUAGGAAUACAAGGGCAGGAGGCUAGCUUCCGGCUCGAAGAACCUCUGCAUUGGAAGGGAGGUACUCUCCACGCCAUAUGGAAGCAGAAGGGUUGCCAAACUAGCUGUGAUAGCUACAGGGCUAUUUUAGUUAGCUCAGCGGUUGGAAAAACCUUCCACGGGGCGCUACGCUCCAAGUGCUCCUCCUUCCUUGACUCCGCCACGACCCCGCUUCAAAUUGGCGGCAGGCAGGGCCAGCCAGUCGUUGUUGCAGCCCAGGCUGUGAGAGCCUUCCAGACAGCAGCACGUGCUGCAAAAAAGUGUUUUGCUGUGCUUUUCUUAGACCUUCGCGAAGCAUUCCACCGUGUUGUGAGACCUCUCAUACACGGAGGCGAUCUCAGCGACAUGCACAUUGCCAGUGUUGUCAAGGAGCUUGGACUCCACCCUUCGUCUGUUGAUCGCCUCCAUGCCUUCGUCACUGCGCGAUCUCUGCUACAACAGGCCGGUUCCUCGGACUGGACAGCCAGCAUCCUCAGGGAGACCAGUGCUGACAGCUGGUUCUCCUUCGGUAGCUCACCCAAAAUAGCUGCAGUACACAGUGGCACACGCCCUGGCGAUAAUUUGGCGGAUCUUCUCUUCACCUUUUUAUUUGCUGAGGUUUCCAAGGUCAUCAGGGAUAAACUCAGACAGGCUGGUUUGAGAGUUGAUCUUCCUUGGAACCCUGAUUGGUUUCUACGAGGAUUUGAUGAUACCAGCCACAGCACUGAGACGAUCUCGCCUCUUGACGUCACUUGGAUGGACGACCUCGCCGUGUUGCUUUGGGCCGACGGCCCUGACCGUCUGAUCCACGCCCUUCGCACUGCAGCCACAGUCACCAUUGACUCCUGCAUUCAGGCUCUCCUCCUUCCGAAUCUUCGAGCUGGGAAGACAGAGGCUAUAGCCCAUCUUGUUGGUGCUGGCUCCAAACGAGUCCGUCUUGCAGUUUUCAAUUGCAAAGAACCCACGCUCGACCUGUCAGAGUCGAUCUGGCCUGGGGCCAGACUGCGUCUUGUUUCCUCUUAUCGACAUCUCGGGGGCAUCCUGCAUGUCACAGGCAGCCUUGCCUAUGAGAUCAGGGCACGCACUGGUGCUGCCUGGCAUGCUUUCAGAAAGCACAAAAGACAAGUCUUUGGAUCGCCAACUGUUGGGGCUCGAGACAAAGCGGUGUUGUUUGGGUCCCUAGUUGAAUCGACCCUCUUCUUCGGAAUCGGGGCAUGGCCACGGGUUACUUCCUGUGAUACCCAAAAGAUUCAGUCCACUUUAGUUGCAAUGGCACGGAACAUGCUCCGUCCGCGGUACUCUCUUGACCAGGCUUGCCACCUUAGUGCCCUCUUUGUCCUCUCGACUGCCAGGGUCCUGAGUGCUGACUCAGCAUUCCAUGUCGAGCGAUUGCGCUACUUCGGGUUAGUAGCUGUAAGGGCUAGUCCUGACCUCUGGGCCAUUCUCAGGUUUGAGAAACACUGGAUCCUCCAUGUCCAGGAGUCACUAGAGUGGUUACGGGACAAGCUUGACCUCCGAGCUGCCCCUGCUCUCGAGAUCGCUGAUUGGGACGCUGCCGUCGCCUUCAUCCGCUUGAGGCCACCAAGCUGGAAACGUCUCGUUACCAAUGGCCGGCGGACUGCGCUGCUUCUUGAAGCCUGGGAAGCUGAGGUCCAACAGUACCAUGGCAUGACCUACAGGGCCCUUGUUGAACAUGGCGCUGUUGUCCCGUCUGACUUACGCAGCGACACCAACAGCACAGAGGUAUGUGGGCUUUGUAGCUGUGUUUUUCCUGGGUUGCGGGAGUGGUCACACCAUGCUUUCAAGCGACAUGGUCGCUGCAAGCCCACUCGUUCUCUAGUCACUGGGUCUCAAUGUCCCGUCUGUCUCAAGAAUUACGCUUGCAAUGCCAGACUUUGCCAGCACCUUGACUACACGACAUCUUGUCGAUGGGCUCUGCGCAACUCUGGGGUCUAUCAUGACCCAGAACCCGGUACUGGCAGCCGCAAGUUUGACAAUGGGCGGAGCCAGCUUCAACCAUCUGCGCAGGCCUAUGGCCCUGGCCGUGUCUGGAACUUCUCUGUCGGUAAGGAAGAGUGGGAAGAGCCCUCCAAGGAGGUUCUAGAUCGGCUUGAGGACCUCUUUAUCGAAGGUGAACUUGCCACUGCUGACCUUCCUGACCUUGUUAGGAAGUACAAGGCUUGCUACUGUGUUUGUUGCCUUCAGCAGUCCCGGCUUCGUGCCACUGCCGAGAAGUGGCAAUGCGAGUUGAGUGAUCUCCUUGCUGCCGAUGAGGAUGUGAGUGUCCAAUGGUCGUCUUGGCACUCCUCUGUCGCCCGCUUUGUCACUGCCGUUGAUUUUGCGCAGUGGCUUUGCGACGACAUUUCUGUGCCUCAAGCUUCAACCGCCACCUUCCAGCAGGCUGCGUUGAAGCUUCCGUGGCUCGACUUCCAAGACUUUUGUCUCCCGUCUGCUUGCACUUUUGAUGCGUGUGGGAUCGGCAUCUUCCCUGAUACCCCUGUCCGGGCAGCUGGGCUUUUUGCCCGAGUCCUGCGGCACACCGCAUGCUUUCAAGACGGAGACCUUCUGCGAUUUGGUCGAAGGAUUGAGGAAUUUCGUCGGGGAAUCACUGUGCUUUCCUGCCAGGGCCUCCUGAAUUCCCUAUCCACGCCGCGGCCACUUCGCCACUAUGGCGACAUUGCUGGGCCUUUGCAACAGUUGAGAUUGUUCUCAGACCUUGUCCGAGGGACCAUUUUCCUCUGGGGUCAGGGACUGCCUGCUGCUCUGCUCUUGCCUCGGAUUGUCUGUCCUGCUGUUGAUGCUGUUGUGCGAUCCUCGCCCUUCCGCUACCACAGUGGUGAACUCACUCUCACUUCCAAUGUCGCCAUCCCUGACGACCUUUUUGCCUGUCUCACCUCUUAA